AGUCACUUUGAAAGUUAUUAUGAGUCAGUUGCACUGUCACAACAGUGUAGUUUACAAACUUUCGCCUAAAAGUAGCGACUUGCAGCAUAAAAUACGAUGACUGUGAGAGAGUUUUUCGGCUGUGCCUUUUUGGCAUUUGGCCCCCCAGUUGCCAUGUUCCUGUUCACCAUAGUGCAGGAUCCUGUGCGAAUAAUCAUCCUGAUAGCAGCCGCCUUUUUCUGGCUGGUCUCCUUGCUGCUGUCCUCUUUGCUUUGGUUCGCCGUUGUGCCCUUACAAAAGCACCUGCUGUUCGGCAUGAUAUGUUCCGUGCUGUUCCAGGAAGGCUUCCGCUAUAUAAUCUACCGGAUUCUGCGAAAGGCGGAAAAUGGCCUGAUGAAAAUCACCGAAGACAGUACCAGACUGAUCGACAACAAACACAUCCUGGCCUAUGUUAGCGGUCUGGGUUUCGGUAUUAUCAGUGGGGCCUUUUCAUUGAUUAAUGUGCUGGCUGAUGCGGUGGGGCCGGCCACUAUGGGGCUCAAAGCGGGCAACGAAAUGUUCUUUCUAUCCAGUGCGGCGACGGCUCUUUCCUUUAUUCUACUGCACACCUUUUGGAGUGUGCUCUUCUUCAAUGGCUUCGACAACAACAACAGAAUCCAAGUUGGCUAUGUUAUAGUCACGCAUUUGCUUGCAUCCGGCUUAACCAUGUUCAACAGGUAUCAGAUCUAUACGGCCACUUUAAUACCGCUCUAUCUCCUUCUCUCGGUGAGUGCGGUUUAUGCUUUUCGGGUCGCCGGGGGCUCGUUUGACUCCCUUAAAGCAGCCUGUUCCGUCAAAUAAUCCUGUAGGAGCAGAAUCUCUACGCUUGACUAUAUAUAGACUUUGCUAUUUAUAACAUAUUUUUAAGUAGUUUAGGAGCUACAGUGGUAGUUUUGUAUUGUUUUGUGAAAUAUUAAUAGUUUAUAUGCAACA